UUACAUAACCUUAAAAAUGUCAGACUCAGAGUUGGAAAGUGGCUCAGGAAAUAGUGAAAAUGGGGAUAAUUCUGGAGAGAAUAGUGAGGAAAAUGGUGUUGGUGAUGCUGCGGAGAAUGGUACAGAUGUAGGAGAGAAGGAAACACAGCUAACAUGGCAGGAUUUGGGGCUCAAUGAUGUCCUUUGUGAAGCUUGUGCAGAGCUCAAAUGGAAGGCUCCCAGCAAAAUUCAGCGAGAAGCUAUUCCUCUAGCUCUUCAGGGAAAGGAUGUGAUAGGGCUUGCUGAGACAGGAUCCGGGAAAACAGCUGCUUUUGCAUUGCCAAUUCUCCAAUCUCUGAUGGAGACGCCACAAUCUCUCUUUGCCCUGAUACUGACGCCAACUAGGGAGCUUGCUGAUCAAAUUGGGGAUCAAUUCAAAGCUCUGGGAAGCGGCAUUGGGUUGAAAGUUGCAGUAAUUGUUGGUGGAAUGGACAUGACAGCUCAAUCUCUGCAGCUUGCCAAGCGUCCUCACAUUGUAAUAGCCACUCCGGGUAGAUUAUUGGAUCACCUGGAGAACACAAAAGGCUUCGAUUUGGAUAGGAUAAAGUAUUUGGUGAUGGAUGAGGCUGAUCGAAUUCUCAAUAUGGAUUUUGAGGUGGAAUUGGAUAAGAUCCUGAAGGAGAUUCCACGGGAAAGAAGAACAUUCCUUUUCAGUGCUACAAUGACGAGCAAAGUGAGGAAGUUGCAGAGGGCUUGCCUGCGGGAUCCCGUCAAGGUGGAAGUGUCCAGCAAGUAUCAAACAGUUGAGAAACUUCAGCAGUACUACGUCUUCAUCCCCUCAAAAUUCAAAGAUAUUUAUUUGUUGCACAUUCUCAAUGAUCUGGCUGGGAAUAGUUUUAUGAUCUUCUGCAGCACUUGCAACAAUACCCUGAGAACAGCGUUGAUGCUGAGGGAAUUGGGCUUGGCAGCUGUACCUCUCCAUGGUCAGAUGUCGCAGAAUAAGCGAUUAGCAGCACUGAACAAGUUCAAAUCCAAGAGCAGGUCCAUCCUGAUUGCCACUGAUGUGGCUUCGAGAGGGCUGGACAUUCCGCAUGUGGACGUUGUGCUGAACUUUGACAUCCCCACCCACAGCAAGGACUACAUCCAUCGCGUUGGCCGAACAGCCAGGGCAGGAAGAUCAGGAAAAGCCAUCACAUUUGUCACUCAGUACGAUGUUGAGCUGUAUCAGAGGAUAGAGCAUCUGAUUGGGAAGCAAUUGCCGCAGUAUGAGUGCGACAAGGACGAAGUAAUGGUGCUCCAGGAGCGAGUGGGUGAAGCCCAGCGAAGUGCCAAGGUGGCUCUCAAGGAGAUAGAAGAUCGAAAGAGUGGAGGGAAGAAUAGAAAAAAUGCCGAUGGAAGUGAUGAUGAUACUGAACAAUUUGUGGGAGUGAGGAAAAGGAUAAAAUCCUCAAAGGGUGGAAAAGGUGGGAAGUUCAAGAAGAUGAAGAGGAAAUAAAACAGUUAGUUUAGAGAAAA